UUGACCCAAAUAAUCCAGAAUAUUCUGAUUUAAUGGAAUUUAUUAUGUACAUGAAACAUAAAGGGAAGGAUAUCCCAAAGUAUUUUCGUCUUGAACAGUUGCAAGAAGAAUCAAGUUUUGUUUCUGAAGAGGAAAUGAAAAAGAGUAAACGUUUCCGGCUAUUGCAGCUUAGAAAUGCAGGACAAUUAGGUAUUUUCCCUCUGCAGCAAAUACCCCUUUAUGACAGAGAGAUUCCAGACUCAGUCUUCCAGGAAUAUGAAAGUCAGGUAGAGAAGGAUAUGUCCUUUUCAGAUGUGAAUUCUAUUACCGCCCAAAGGAUUAGUUCUGUCAAUUUUCUGAAAAAGCCAGUUGACGCAUGCAAUUUGUAAGCUUGUUGAACGACAAAGAAAGUUAAAGCCUCAGAGGAAAGAAAGGAAAAAAGUGGCAGCACAGACGAUCUGUGAUGGAGAUAUUAAGAUUCUUGUCAGAAUCCUGAGGGCUUAUAAUAUUCCCAGCAGGAAAACAACAGUUCACAGAAGACCCUUGGAUAUAUCUACUUCUCUGAUAUCAUCCAUAUCUUGCCUCAGACAUAAAGAAACAACCA